UAUUUUGAUGGACGAAGUCUCGAUGGGGACACGUUUUUUAUGCUAAUCUCUCCUUUUAUACACUGCAGUGCUUUUGUCAACGCUCGGCUUUAUAAAGAGGGGAAUGGUGCCGUUAGCCGUUAACCCUCGCAGAGAAGCCCAGCGUAGCCCUUUCUGAAGAUCCCUCCACAUUACAGCCCUCUGCCAUGAGUUGUCUGGAUGUUAUGUAUCAUCAGAAUUAUGGAGCUCAUCACUACUUGCCAGCGACAUCGGUGGCAGCGGCAGCAGCCUACAAAGCAGCUUACUAUCACCAUCAUCAUCACCAGCAGCAGAAAAAGUUCAGCACCUACAGCAAGAUGCAAGGCUCUGUUGACUUGCCUGUGCACUGUGGCCAGAGUAAACAGGCUGAGAAGUCCAGGGCUGAGCCCGACCUUCGGAGAGAAGAGGAGCAGACUGCUGCGGAGGAGGCAAGGUGUAAGGAGGCGCAGCCUGCUGAGGCUGAGUACCUGAGUGCCAGGUGUGUGCUCUUCACGUAUUUCCGUGGGGACAUCGGGGAUGUGGUGGACGAGCACUUCUCCCGCGCCCUCAGUCAACCUAGUGCCUUCACUAACGACACCAAAAGCCACAGGCACGCGUCUGGAGUAUCAUGGAAAGAUGGAGGCUCUCUCACUGAUGGUCAGUGUGGCUCCUUGCCCUCCUCACUGUGGAGCAGCAGUUACCCAUCACAGACCACCAGCCCCUGCAUCUCUUCUGUUCAUGGUGACUUCCCUGCCACUGCGGCCUUUCACACAGCAGACACUGGCCUAUGGAGUGGCCACAGCCUGACCCAGCCUGGGUUGCCCCCUCCAUCAGCUCUCACUGACUCCUGGCCCUAUGGCCUGGCCGGCCAAAGUGGCGCUGGAUACCCUCACGUCCAUGAGAUGUACCCUCAUAUGCAUCCGCGCCACGCCCACCCCAUGCUCCAUCACGCCCACAGUACAGCCCUGGACCCCCGCUUUAGUCCGCUUCUGCUGCCUGGCAUGAGGCCAUCCUGCAGCCCUUCCUUAAAUGCAGAGGGAGUCAAGACAGAGCUGGAGCCCAGUGGCUCAACAGCACCCAGCUGGCCAGCAUCCUUCCAUGGCUCUGUGGAUAUCUAUGACACAGCAUUGGAACAGGACAAAGCAAAGGCCAGUGUCUGGUUCUGAAAUAGAGAGUACCUGCCUGUGACACACAGUCUUGGACUAGAGCAGCUCUCACAAGAGCAAUGUGAGAUGGCCCACAGUCCCACUGUGGAAUCUUUCCCUGGAAAGCUUUCAAAUUUCCUGGGAAGCGACUCAGGAAAGGAAACUUUGUCUCCCUCCACGAGACAAGCACAAUAAUGAAAUUGGAGGAAAACAGCCUUUCUGCAAAAGCAAACCAUCUUGUUUUGAGUCAGUGUGUCUGGUGUGUGCUCACGGAGAGCGAAUCAUUAAUGAAUUUGGCUGGAGAGCUCUACCACCUGCACAAAGAGCUCUCAGAGAGGAACUGCAAUGAAGGACGCUACUUAAAUAUAUCAGAGUCUAAGAGGUAUAUUUUCCUACUUUUUAGUAAACCUUCUUGAACUUUUCCUAUUUGGUGGUUGAUGUUCAAAAACCUUGAGUUUAUGUACUUGCCACUGGUUCUGUUGAAAGAACUGCCUGUGUUGGUACAGUGAAGGGCAGUUCUGUGUUAAUGUGGUUAAGAAAGUAUGAAUGAGUAGCAGACUUGUUCAAAUAGAAGCUUUACUUUAAUAUAUUUUGUCUGCAGUCUUGUAAUUUACAGGCAUGUGAAUUCUGUAAGUAAUUUGUGUGAGAUGUUUCUACCAAAGUGU